UGCGCCCCAAAACAUGAUUUUCACGAGGAAAUCUUUAAAAUUGUUAAACUAUCGCUUAAAAUGUAUACCCACAACCCGCCGGGGCCUACAGAGCAGCGGUAUCAACGAUAGUGCUGCCGUCGAAGUAAACUUUAGCAAUGGGCGCAACAUGACCAUCAGCUCGGGCAAAUUGGCGCGCUUUGCAAAUGGCACGGCAAUUUGCCAAAUGGGUGACACCGCCGUCAUGGUUACAGCAGUAGCGAAAGGCAAGCCAGCGCCUGGCCAGUCCUUCAUGCCACUUGUCGUGGACUACAGACUGAAGAACGCUGCCUCCGGUCGCAUACCCAUGAACUUUAUGCGCCGAGAAAUGGGUCCAUCGGAGAAGGAAAUUCUUUCCGCGCGCUUGAUUGAUCGAUCGUUACGCCCGCUAUUUCCCAAAGACUAUCGCACAGAGACGCAACUGGUGUGCAAUAUGCUGGCCAUGGAUGCGGUACACGCGCCCGAUGUGCUGGCCAUGAAUGCGGCCUCCAUGGCUCUGAGCCUAAGUGAUAUACCCUGGCAUGGACCAAUUGGCGCAGUGCGUGUGGGCCUCUGCGAUGGGGAGGUGCUGGUGAAUCCCACGCGUCGUGAACUGCAAUCCUCACAACUAGACUUGGUCGUAUCGGCCACCAAACAGAACCUUGUUGUCAUGCUGGAGGGCAAGGGAAACGUGGUGCUCAUGCAGGAUCUGCUCAAAGCCAUCAAACAGGGAACUCGUGAAGCACAAUUUAUUAUACAUGAGAUCGAACGAUUGCAAAAGGCAUAUGGCAGACCUAAACGCGAGGUGGAGGCGUUGACGCAGGUGGAGCCCGAACUGGUGGAGGCGGUGAAGAGCAUGUGUGAGAUGCGAUUGCGUGAAAUCUUUCAGGAUGCGCAGCAUGACAAAAUCUCUCGUGACAACGCCGUGAAUGAGGUGCGUGCCAAUGUCAUCGAUAAGGUUUGGUCAUCCUAUCCAGACAUGGAGCCAGGUAUUAUCGGUGAGGAGUUCAACAAGGCGUGCCGCAACAUUUUUCGUGAACUCAUUUUCGAGCAGAAUCGUCGCUGCGACGGCCGUGACUACGAUAGCCUCCGCAAUAUAAGCUGUCAGGUGGAUAUGUACAAGCCAUUGCAUGGCUCGUCGUUGUUCCAACGUGGCCAGACACAGGUCUUCUGCACCGUCAGUCUGGACUCGCAGGAGAGCGCCAUGAAGCUGGACACUCUGGCCGCCCUGGACAGUGGUCUGAAAGCCAAAAAUUUUAUGCUGCACUACGAGUUUCCACCGUACGCCACCGGCGAGGUUGGUCGCAUCGGACCCAUCGGACGUCGCGAGAUGGGACACGGUGCUCUGGCGGAACGGGGCUUGUUGCCCACACUUCCACAUGAUUACCCAUUCACGGUGCGCCUAACUUCCGAGGUGCUGGAAUCGAAUGGCUCCAGUUCAAUGGCCACCGUUUGCGGCGGUUCCCUGGCACUUAUGGAUGCCGGUGUGCCCGUGACGGCGCCUGCAGCCGGAGUGGCCAUUGGCUUGGUCACGAAAUAUGAGAAUAACGAUACAAAGCAUCUGCAGGAUUAUCGGAUACUCACCGAUAUUCUUGGCAUUGAGGACUACAUGGGUGACAUGGACAUGAAAGUGGCAGGCACUCGCAAAGGAUUCACUGCCAUUCAAGCGGAUCUGAAGGUACCGGGCAUACCACUGAAGGUGGUAAUGGAGUCAUUGCAGAAGGCUAGUGAUGCCAAAUCCAAAAUACUCGACAUCAUGAACGAAGCCAUUAGGGAACCACGGAAAUAUCGCAAGGAGUGCUGGCCGGUCAGCGAACGCAUCGAGGUGGAGCCCCAUCAACGUUCACAGCUUAUCGGACCCAGUGGUCUACACUUGAAACGCAUCUACCUCGAAACAGGAGCCACUCUGACAGCAACAGAUGAGACGGCUUUCUCAAUUUUUGCGCCAUCGCAGGCUGCGAUGGACGAAGCCAAAGAGCUCAUCGACUCGUUUAUGGUGAAGGAGCGAGUACCUGAUCUAGAGUUCGGUGGCAUUUACACGGCCAAAAUCACAGAGCUUCGCGAUACAGGCGUUAUGGUCGUGCUGUAUCCCAGCAUGCCGCCAGCAUUGCUGCACAAUUCACAGCUGGAUCAGCGCAAGAUAGCACAUCCCUCCGCUCUGGGACUCGAGGUAGGGCAGGAGAUUCAAGUGAAAUACUUUGGACGCGAUCCGGUGUCGGGUUUUAUGCGUUUAUCACGAAAAGUGUUGCAAGGACCGGCUGUGGCCAUUGCGCGCAGCUUUAACAAGGCUGCAGAGAAUGGCACGUGAGUCUACACCUAUGAAUAGAAUUCGUUUUUGUUGGAUUUGAAAAUCUUUAAACACAUACUUACCUACAUCUACACUUAAGUUAAGUAAUAAAUUGUAUGGUUAAAAUGUUCACUGUAAAAAAAAAAACCAACUUCCCAAAAUCAUAA